ACUCAUUCUCAUUCCCUUGUUGCCAGUUGUUGUUUUUUUCUUCACUCUAUUUUAUGUUUCUUCUUUUGUUUUCUUUUUUUCUUUCAUAAUCAUAACCAACCAACUCCUUUAUUAUAUAACAUAUAUCAUGUCAUUCCACCAAUAACCCUUCCUAAUAUUCCUUUCAAAACAUAAACCAUAAAAGUUCCCUUUUACUUUUGGUGUUUGGAUUUCCAUGCAUACCUUUCAGUUGGAGAUGUUGGUUUAGAAACUUUUAUUCUUCUGGUGUUGAAACUAAAGCUUACAAAGUUACAACAACAAAAAAUUCAGGAAGAGUUACUAUUCAGUUUUGAUUAUAGGGGACUUCAGUAUAAAUGGCUUCAUCUUUGGAGCAGCUUCUUGCAGAGGAAGGGUUCAAAGCAAGCAGCAGAAAAGUGCAAAGGUCAAGAUCUUCUUUCCAUCAUGGUGCUUCCAGUGAUCCACUUCACUCCUUGGAAGAUAGACUCUGCGUAUCAUCAAGUGAAAGAAUUAAAACACAGAAAGCAAAGUCUAAAACAGCCUCAAAAUAUCAGAUUAGCAAUACAAGUGACAAUAAAAACAUUAGAUCAAGUGAUAAUAAUGUUUUUAUAGGAAAUAAGUUAAAUAACGAACGGUUGAAGAACAAUGAAUCUGAGAAGAACAAGUCUUACAAUUCAUCAGAUAGUGAUAGUGGAUUUGAAGAUGCUUAUUCAAACCAAGUGUCUAAUGUGAAAAGAGGCAAAGAAAAGAAGGAACAAUUGGGGGAAAAGCCAUUGAAAGAUUCAUAUAUGCUUAGACAAUUUAGUGGAAAUAGAAAGAACAUAAAACAUCAAGAAAAAUCACACUCUAGAUCAAAUAGUAAUAGCAAAAACUAUGAAGAUAGCAAGAACAAAAAUAGCAAUCAUGCUAUGCAAUUGCAAGAUGCUUCUAGUCUUGCUAUUGAUGAAAUUGCAGUGAAAGCACUAGUUUCCAUUCUGAAUGGAUACAUAGAAAGUUUUCUAAUGGAUGAAGAUUUUCGGUCAGCGUUGCGCCACAAUUGUUUCUCCUCUUUGAAUUUCAUUCAACUUGAGGAAGAACACAAGUCUGAGACCAAGGUGAUUACAAGUCUUGAGCAAGCAAUUGAGUGCAUAGAAAAAACUGCUUCUGAGGAAACUAUAUCUGCAACACGUCUUAAAAGAGCAACAAUGCAGCUUAGCAUUAUUACUGGUUUGAGUUUGAAUGAUCUCAAGUACGGUUUUACGUGCGGGAUUCAAAAUUUCAAGUUAUCAGCUUGUGCUCAUCUUUACCUCAGUGUUGUAUAUUUGAUCCAAAGAAAAAAGAAAGUUUCGGCGAAGCAUCUUUUGCAAGUGUUUUGCGACUCUCCUUUUCAGGCGCGGGCGAUAUUGUUGCCUGAACUUUGGGAGCGUCUAUUUUCUUCGCAACUUUCUGAUUUGAAGAAAUGGUAUAACAACAAGGAAGGUGAAAUUGUUUUAGAUAUACAAAACAAAGCAAGAAAGAUAAAGAUUCUCCAGAAAGUGUAUAAUGAAAAUUUGGAUUCAGGAACUCAAUUAUUUGCUUUAUAUUACAAAGAUUGGCUCAGUGAAGGAGUAGAAACUCCAACUAUUCCUUCCAUUGGCAUUCCAUCAUUAUCCAUUACGAGUCGACAGGGAAGUUCACUUGGUCAUUCUUUUGAGUCUUCUAGCUCCAACGAACCAUUCUCACCACAGGCAAUGGUCAGCAAGAAACUUUAUGAUUCUUUCUUUGGUAGUAAACCUCAAGUCUAUGAAGUUGAACUUGAUGAGGAUGAAGAUAGCUUUGAAAAUUAUGAGAGAGGUUCUUAUGGUUCGACCAUCGUUAAAAAAACAUUAAUAUAUGAAUCAGAAACUGUUAAAUAUAUUGAUCAAAGUACUGAAGAGUUCACUCCAAGAGUACCAGUUCAUGAAUUCUAUAUACCUCGGAAAGGAACAUCAAGGACAGCUGCAGAAGAAUGGAAAGAUAGGAAUUCCAGAAAUGCCACUAGAAAAUAUUUCUCCAUAGAAACUAAUUCAAACAGUCACAUAUUUAAUGAUCAACCACAUGAAAAAGAAAAUGAGAUUUCUAUCAAAAAGACGCAGCCAAAUAAGAUAACCUCUACUAUUGAUGGAUCAUAUUCUCCAAGCAUACCACAGGAAUUUAUUUGUCCUCUGACAAGAAAUAUCUUUGAGGAACCGGUUACCUUAGAGUCAGGUCAAACCUUUGAAAGAAAAGCCAUCAAGGCAUGGUUUCAAAAGGGAAACAGAACAUGUCCAGUAACAGGAAAUACUUUAGAAUGUGUAGUCAUACCAUUUAGCAACCUUAUUUUGAAGCGUUUGAUCGAUAACUGGAAGUCAGAAGAUUUUGAUCGCCUUCUUGAUUUUGCCUCUCAAACGUUUGAAAAUUCAAAGGAAAUUAAGUUAAAAAAGCGCGACGAAGAUAUCGUUUUCAAGUUACAAGUUCUUUUAUCUUCCUUGAAAAAAGAGGACAAAUCAACUUAUGCUAAGCAUAUAAUCUCUUUAGGGGUUCUUUCAUUUCUCUGUAGGAGGUUUGAACAAGGAAAUUUGGAAGAAAAAUCUCAUGUGAUCGAGAUCUUGUUAAACUGUAUCCGAUCAGAUUCUAGUUGCAUAUAUAAGAUAGCAAGGGGUGUCAACAGAAAAUUUCUUCUUGAGCUUCUUCACAGUAAGGAUGUUACCCCAACAAAAAAUGCAAUACUAUUCCUUACUGAACUUUUGUCAAUGAAGAGAAGAAAGGAUGUCACUUCUUUCAUAAGUGGGUUGGUGGGAGAAGAUGUAGUUAGUACAAUGCAUAUUGUGCUCAUGUAUCUCAAGAAUUCUUCUCCAAUUGAAAAGCCCCUCAUCGCUGUCCUCUUAUUACACUUUGAACUACUGGUUGAGCAGCCUCAAAAGUUUAGCAUAUACAUAGAGAUGGCUGUGAAAGCCAUUGCAGAGGCACUUGAUGCCAGCUUAAAUGAUGACAAGGUUCAAAAGAAGUGUUGCAGAGCUAUUUUAAUCUUGUGUGGCCAUUUUUCUUCCACUGGAAUGAUAACAAAUAAUACUAGCAUCUUAAAGCAAGAAGGUUAUAAUAAUGGUAGCUCAGAAUUGAAAUCUCCUAGCCUUGAUGAUGAGGAUCAACGGCUAAAUGUAACCAUUUCAUCGGAAGAUGAAGAAGAAGAAAUGGAUGAAGAGUUCAUGGCGAACUUGUUAGAAUCAAUGAUUGGUGAUGGAGAAAGUCUAUUUUUGAAGACCAUAUCUAAAUGUUUAGAUUCUAGACAUGUAGAUUUGAUGAGGGCUUGUCUAAUAACUGUUACAUGGUUGAGUUCCUCACUUUCUAAACAGUAUAAUGCUGGAUUGCAUCUUCCUGCUUUCUUAGCUAUCAUCUCUCAGCUGAAAGGAAUCCUUGAAAAUGGAGAACUUGAGCUCAAGGCUCUCGCAUCUAUGUCCUUGUUCAACUUCAGUAAAAUAUCAGAAUGCAGAACACUUUUGAAGAUUAUGGCAGACGAUAUUGCUCCCCUUCUUCAUGGACUAGUUGAUGUAUUAUGGACUGCUAAGAAACUGCAUGCCAUUUUAUAUAGGGAGAAUCUGUAGUACAGAAUAUAUCUUUGCCUCCUCAUUUCGGAGUUCCAAUUUUGAUGACAUAUAGACUGUUGGAUAAAGUAAAUGUUUCAACACUGUAUAUUCUAUUCUAGAAAAAUAAAAAUGUAUAUUGAACUCAUCAACUUCCUUAAGUUUGAUCAGAAUGAAUAACUGUAAAAUCUGUGUCUUUGUUCAUGCAUGGAACUGUUAAA